AUGUCCUUCCUUCUUGACGACAGCAAAAUCGAAGACAUUAAUCACAACGACAGCACUUCUGCACAUACGAAACAUCUCAAUAUCAUCCCGUCGUCUCCCAGCCCCGCUGACCUCGAAGCCCUUCACCAUCGCGACCUUGAUCCAAAGGCCGAUCUGAAUGCUUUUGCACAUGCAACUCUGAGCAACUCUGAUGUAUUGCAGGGUUUUCAAGGCUCCGAAAACGGCCUCACAUCGGAUAUAAUGACGUUCUCGUCAUCUCCCAUAUCCUAUGCGCCCAGCUCCUCACCACAACCUUUGCCUGCGAACAAGAAAAAGCGCCGAUUGUUCCAACCUUUCCCCGUCGAGCAGCAACCGAAGAGGUCCAAGACGGUGGGCGGGUUCAUAGUGGAAGAUGAUGAAGACGAGGACAAGCACAAUCCUGAACCUGGGCCUCAGAAUGCUGAUCAGCCAGUUUUGCUGGCAGACAGGGUUCCAACCCUUCCAUCACCACGAGAAGAUCUCGCAGAGAUUCCACGUGUAACUUGUGUAUCGGAAACUCCGACAAGCCGAAAUACUCCGUCCAGCUCAUACCUACCUCCUCUUCCUCGUCUACUUCUCAGAAAGCGGUUACGAGGAGGUGUAGACCUGCAGACGUCUUCUGGCACGUCCCUGAACAUUCCCGUCAGACAAAAAGCCACAGCUUUGUCAUAUGAGCAGACCAUUGCGCAGCGCUCUGUGACCGUGGGAGGUCGUGCAAAGAAGGCGUACUACGGCAUUGAAAUCCACAAGCUGAUGGACGACGCAAAGACGCUGCAACAACUUGACAAGUUUGAGAAACAGCGGCAGGAUCAGCAGCAUGCCUCGGAGUUGCCCAGAGCCAUGAAAUCCGCAGAUUCAAACCCCGUUGCCCAUCAAAUGUGGACUGAGAAGUACCGCGCAAAGAAAUUCACGGAGCUUGUGGGUGACGAAAGAACCCAUCGACAGGUCCUUCGGUGGCUCAAAACGUGGGAUGAAGUGGUCUUCCCGGGAAGCGCAAAGCUGAAAUCCAGGAGAGCCUUUGAUGGCAAUGAUCCAAGCCAGCAACAACGAAAGAUCCUGCUUCUGACUGGACCCCCUGGGCUCGGAAAGACCACUCUGGCCCACGUUUGCGCCAGACAAGCAGGAUAUGAAGUACUCGAAAUCAAUGCCAGUGACGACAGAAGCCGCGACGUGGUCAAAGGAAGGAUCAAAGAUGCCCUCGGGACGGAGACGGUGCGUGGUAUCAAGGAACAAGGCAAAGCUAGAAAAGCUGGACGCCCGGUCUGCGUUGUCGUCGAUGAGGUCGAUGGAGUCACCACAGGGUCCAGUGCAAGUGGCGGUGAAGGCGGAUUCGUCAAGGCGUUGAUCGACCUGGUGCAGCUCGACCAGCGAAACUCGUCGGGGAGUGGAAACCAAGAUGCUGCAAAAGGUAGAAAGAAGGGUGACAGAUUCAGAAUGCUCCGUCCAUUAAUCUUGGUAUGCAACGAUGUUUACGCACCUUCGCUUCGACCAUUACGGACGAGCUCGAUCGCUGAAAUUGUCCAUGUUCGGAAAGCGCCGUUGGACAAGGUCAUCGCUCGAGUCAGGUCAGUUUUUGAGAAAGAAUCCAUUGCGUGUGACAACGAUGCCGUCCGCCGGCUCUGCGAAAACGCUUGGGGUCUGGCCAUGCGAAAGCAGAGAGGUCCAGGCUCUCGGGGUUCCGGAGAGGGCGACAUCAGAAGUGUGCUCGUACAAGCUGAAUGGAUUGCACAUAAACUCCGUGCCCACCAAACCAAAUCCCGGCUUACACGGCAAUGGCUCGAACCCCAGCUUGAGGAGGCUCGAAAUGGACAGAAAGGCCUUGGGCGGGGCGGAGUUCGAGAGGUUGUUGAGCGAAUAUUUGUGGAAGGGGCUGGCUUGCCUAAUCUUCCGGCUGCUCUCAGCGCAGACGAGGCGCGACUGGUUGCUGAUUCGCAAAGCAACCCUGUCGGAGUUGCCAAUCUUCGUAAGCGGGCAGCAAUCACCGCCCUCAGAGAGAUGGUCGAUACCUGUGGAGAGCAUGACCGAGUCAUGACUGAGUGUUUUGCCACAUAUCCAACACAAGUAUUCCAGGACGACGUACAGCUGACAAAACCAAAUGCAAGUUAUGAAUGGCUUCACUUUCACGACAGCUUAUCAAGUCGGGUGUUCGCAGGCCAAGAGUGGGAAUUGAUGCCCUACCUCAACACCAGUGCCUGUGGGUUCCACCAUCUUUUUGCAGCCGUCGAUAAAGGCACAGUAGCGUGGAAUGAAGAAUCGCCUGAGGAAGAAGUCAAGGACAUCCACCCGUUCAGUGGCCUGAAAGCCGACUUCGCCGCUUAUGAGGCGGAGAAGCAGAACCGCACCUUGCUCACUGAGCUACAGUCGAGCUUUUCAGGGUCAUUGUUAAGACUGUUCAGUUCUGUGGACGACAUUGCGACAGAGUUGAUACCGAAUGUGGGCAAGAUGUUGGCUCCAGACGUGAAGCCUGUCGUGAUCGGGGGAUCCGGGAGCUCUGCCAGUGUCGCCAGUGUGCGAAAAGAGUCUGAGAAGACAUGUAUUCGCAACGCGGUUCGAGCCAUGUUGGCUCUGAAUGUUUCGUUUGAAAGAGUGCACGUGGAGAUCGAGGGUGGAGGUGCUCACUCGAACGGCGGAUAUGCAUAUCGGAUGGAACCACCUCUCGAUACACUGCUGAGCUAUCACAUGGAUAAGUCGAGCUCAGCCGCCGCACCGGUCCGGUAUGCAGUUCGCCAGGUGCUCGACCAAGAGCUGAGGAAGGAGAGACUAUUGCAAAACUCUGUCAUCCGACACGCUCGCUCUGCUACUUCGGACCUGAAUGGAGGGAUUGAUGUUGAAGCCAACAAAGAAAAUGAAGGCGCUGCGGAUAAGGCAAUGGCGGCAUCUUCCAAACACGCUGGAAUGAAGCGCGACUUCUUUGGUCGGAUCAUCAACGAAAGCCGACCUACGUCGGCCGGAAAAGGGGCGAAGGGACAUGCAGGGAAGCUCGAGACCAGAGCUGAAAAGCGGGUAUGGGUCUCCUUUCAUGAGGGCUUCUCAAAUGCCGUUCGGAAACCGAUUACACUGAAAGACUUGCUGGACGGAUUUUGA